GUACAGAAUGGUUUCAUCAUGAUAUUUCAGAUUGUGGUGGGUUGUGAAGCCACUUCUUGUGGUGACCUUCAUUCUGUGAUGUUGGAAUACACUAAAGAUGCAAGGUCUGAUUCCUGGCAACUUGUUCAGACCCAGUGCCUUCCUUCCUCCUCAAACAGCAUUGGCUGCUCCCCUUUCCAGUUUCAUGAAGCCACCAUCUACAAUGCUGUCAACAGCUCAAGCUGGAAGAGGAUCACUAUCCAGCUUCCUGACCAUGUCUCCUCCAGUGCAACUCAGUUCCGCUGGAUCCAGAAGGGAGAAGAAACUGAGAAGCAAAGCUGGGCCAUCGACCAUGUGUACAUCGGAGAGGCUUGCCCCAAGCUUUGCAGUGGGCACGGGUACUGCACCACUGGUGCCGUCUGCAUCUGUGAUGAAAGUUUCCAAGGUGAUGAUUGCUCUGUUUUCAGUCAUGAUCUUCCUAGUUACAUUAAAGAUAAUUUUGAGUCAGCAAGAGUCACUGAGGCAAACUGGGAGACCAUUCAAGGUGGCGUGAUAGGCAGUGGCUGUGGGCAGCUGGCACCCUAUGCCCAUGGAGACUCACUCUAUUUUAAUGGCUGUCAGAUAAGGCAAGCUGCUACAAAACCUCUGGAUCUCACUCGAGCAAGCAAAAUUAUGUUUGUUUUACAAAUUGGGAGCACAUCCCAGACAGACAGCUGCAAUAGUGACCUGAAUGGCCCCCACGCGGUGGACAAGGCAGUGCUGCUGCAGUACAGUGUCAACAACGGUAUCACUUGGCAUGUCAUCGCCCAGCACCAGCCAAAGGACUUCACACAAGCUCAGAGAGUGUCUUACAAUGUCCCCCUGGAGGCACGGAUGAAAGGAGUUUUAUUGCGCUGGUGGCAACCACGCCACAAUGGAACAGGUCAUGAUCAGUGGGCUUUGGACCAUGUGGAGGUCGUCCUAGUAAGCACUCGCAAACAAAAUUACAUGAUGAAUUUUUCACGGCAACAUGGGCUCAGGCACUUCUACAACAGAAGACGAAGGUCACUCAGGCGAUACCCAUGAGGAAUCAAAGUUUAUUUUUCCUUCCAACAUGUGAUGUGUUGCUCU